AUGGCAGCACGCAAAGUGCUGGUCAUCGGACCGGUGGACGGACAGAUCCGCGAGCUUGUCGAAAAGGUCGGCGCGAUCCAGGCGAAGCAUGGGCCGUUUGCCGCUGCAUUUUUCGUCGGCGAUGUGUUUGACGAGGACGACGAGCAGGCCCAAGCACUGCUGGACGGGCGCCUGACACUACCGAUCCCGAGCUAUUUUUACCAGGGGACGCGUGCGCUCCCUGAGUUUGUGCGCGCGCGCCUCGGCGAGCCGGCCGACGGCCGUGUGCAGCUCGCAACGAACUUGUACUACCUCGGCCACGCAGGCAUUGUCGACGCCGAGGGCCUGCGUGUCGCAUUCCUUGGCGGACAGGGUACAGAUGCGCGAGGCGACGGCGCACCGCUGCCGCAGUUUGAUGACCUCGACACGCCCCAAAAGUCCGCACAGGCCCUGCAGGCCUUGCUUGCGGACCCCGCGCUGGCGCUCGGCACGGCGCCGCCGCCGCCCAACAGCGAGGCAGAGAGUCUGCAAGAGGCGCGGGCGCACCUUGCAGCCAUGUCGCAGUAUGCGGAGCGCCUUGCCGAAGACGCAGAGCGCCUCGCACACCGCAAGCCGAUCGACUUUUUGUUCUGCAAUGCAUGGCCCAAGGGCAUCGAGCAGCUCUCCAAGAACGCACUGCCUGACGAGCACGCAUCGUCGUGGGGCCUGCGCAGCAUUGCGCGUCUCGCCGAGGCCGCACGGCCUCGCUACCUCUUCUCUGCCGCACCGCGUCCCGCCGAAGCAGAGAGCCGCUCGCUAACGCUUGAUCCCGAGACGCUGGAAUGUGGCGUGUUUUGGGAGCGCGAGCCGUACGAGAACCCGCCAUUUGCGGCGCUGCCCGCGCCGGAAAUCCCCCCCCUGACGCGCUUCCUCUCGCUGGCACGUCUCGCCAACGCACGCAAAGCACGCUGGUUUAUGGCGCUGCAAGUCGUUCCUGGCGACGAGCUCUCGGCGACGCAUACACCGUCGGCGAGCAUCCGCCCGUCGAACCUCACGCCGUGCCCCUUUUUCGAGGCGGCGCCGCCAAAGCGCCGCGCCCAAGGCAUGGACGCGGUGCGCUUCGACAGCGCGCCCGCGCCCAGCCAAAAGCGGCGCAAGAAAGGACGCCAGGCAAAAGAGGUGAUGCAGGUCGGCCCCGAAAACUGCUGGUUCUGCCUGAGCAACCCCCGCCUGGAAAAGCACCUGGUGGUCACGGUGGGCGAGGAGUGCUAUAUGGCGCUCCCCAAAGGGCAGGUCCCCGUGUCGUCCGACGAGUCGGCGCUUGUGCCUGGCGGCGGCCACGUCCUGCUUGUGCCGAUCGCGCAUAUUGCGACGCCGUACGCGUCCGAGGCGUCGAGCGGCGCGCUGCGUGCCGAGACGGACGCGUACCGCCAGGCGCUUGCUGCGUGCUAUGCGUCGUACGGCGCUGUGCCGGUGGCAUGGGAGGUCGUGCGUCGCUCGAAUACCCGUGCUGGGCAUACGCAGAUGCAGGUCGUGCCUGUCGCUCAAGCGCAGCUCGACGGCGCCGAGGCCUUUUUCCGCGAGGCCGCCGAGGCCGAAGGGCUCGCGUUUGAAGGGGACGAGGUGGCGGCAGCGUUUGACGAUCUGUCCUCGCCGCUGCUCACGGCCAAGGACCGCGAGGACUACUGCUGGAUCGACUUGAACGGCAAGCGCCUGCUGCUCCUGCUGCGUGGCGAGCGCUUCAACCUGCAGUUCCCCCGCGAGACGCUCACGACCUACCUCGGGAUGCCCGAGCGUGCCGAGUGGAAGUCGUGUGCGCGCCCCGAGGAAGUCGAGGCGGCAGAGUGCGACGAGUUCAAAGAGGCCUUUGCCGACUUUGGGGCUGGUAUUGGCGAAUAG